UUUAAUGGAACUUUUUCUGCACAAGAGAUAGUUCGAUGCUAGCGGCUACUAACUUUUCUUCUCUGCAGAGACGCUUUGCUAGUGAUCAGACCAGGAAGGCAUACACAGCAUUGAACGAGCAGUUCGAUGCGUACACCGGGGUCAUCUGGCAGCCCUACACGGAAGCAGCCAUACAAGCGAGAUACCCUGCUGGUAUGUCUGUGCUAUGCACAAGGGACCGAGAUUACUGGAUGACAAAAUCUAAGAUCAUCUUCGAUGUCUUCGUCGAGGAGAUGGCACAACAGAGGGUUAUGAGGCAAUUUGGUCUUCUGCAGUUGGAGCUACCUCCCCCUAUAGAGAACCCGGUGCCAGCACACAUCCACAGGACGACAAGGAAGGGCAUGAACAGGACAACUGCUGACUGGCUAGUUAGACUAGAGCCGUAUGUUAAAGAAUGGGAGACAGCAAACACAAAUCUAUGGCACGAGAAUCACAAUUUCGAUCUCGAUGAAUUCAAUCUCUAUUUGCAGCGCUACAUGACCGGAACACGGUUACGCAUUGUUGAGUACUCCCACCCAGAGGAGAUACCGGAUCCUACUCCGUCGGAUAUGUACCCGAGCUAUGAUACUUCGGGCUCUAGGCAGUACGCGGCUACCUUGACACGCGAACUCUACGACGACGUGACCACCUUUGGACGAUCACUAUCGUCUGGACCUCUUCUUCAUCAUCGUCCAGUGAUACAGCCCUUCUUGGAAAGAAUUCAGAAUAAGAUACAGACUGUGUAGGAGGCUAUCACGUACAUAGUCAUGGAUAUCAGGCGUCUAUGUCGGCAUCACAUGAUACGUGGGGGAGUGAUCAACAUCCCGAGGACAACAUACAGGCUCAGAUGUCGCAGCACACCCAGUGGAUGAACAUAUUUUCGACUCCUCCACCAGGCCCCACACAGGACACACAGCAUGACCAGGGAGAGUGAGAUUCCUCCUCGUCACAUUAGGGCACCCGACAGGUUGGGAUGGUCCCCGAUUCCAGAUCCGCCUCCCCGCCAGGCCAGACGUCGUCACUGACGCUUCUA